CCGGCGCUGACCACCGCCACGCACGCACCCUCGUCUGUCUCAGCCACCACGGCCGCCAUGAGAACGCGGGACUGGAGCGCUAGGGUACGGCUGAUGGCGGGAGCGGCACUCCUCAUCGCCUCAGCCUCCGUUCUGGCUGAGAUGCCUCCAGACCAAAACGCCUCGUUGCUCCCGUGCUCUCUUGCCUCGUCUGAUGAAAGUCUACGGUGUGAGGUGAAACGCGGGCACGCCUUCACCUGGAUAGGACACCCCCCUUCCUCUUUGCGUGAACUUUAUAUGAGACUCAUGAGGCAGGGCAGGUUGCCACACAAUGCCAUCCUCGCCCUAAACUUGAAGCGAGCUCCAUUCCACCCCUGGGCAGGGAAGCGCUCAGCUACCAUCCCUCAUGCCCCUUCUGUCUUCCAACUGAGAGAAGAGCUGCCUUUCCCUAUGAGUGAGGAGGAGGAGGAGGAGGAGGAGGGAGGGGAGGAGGGACAGGAAGAGUGGACUACAAUACUUGAUCCAGCAUCUAUACUUUCAUCAUUAGAAAGGACUGAAAUGGCCUCAAGCCUCAUCCCUCUCCUUCCCUCAGUUAUGGGCCAUGCAAGGGUCAGACGCAGCAUCAAUGAGCAGCCACACACUCAGGUGGACAGCUACAGGCAUGGGUCUAGGCGACCAAGGUCCCUGCCGUUGGGAGGCAAGCGGUCUGGGAUGGAGCAGGGUGGGUUUGAUGAUGUGCUACAUGCAUGGGCCACAGAGGGACAUGGGAUGGCUUGGCCCGCAAGUGUAAAGAUGAAUGUUGACACAAAGCGGAAAGCAUUCAGCGCUUGGGCAGGAAAGAGAAGUGGUGACAGCAAGCACGGAAGAUUCAGUGCUUGGGCGGGAAAGAGAGAAGCAUUUGGUCCUUGGAAGGAAAAAAGGAGUGAGGAAGAUGAGAAAAGGCAAGCAUUCAGUGCCUGGGCUGGUAAAAGAAGUGAGGAUGAAAAGAGGCAAGCUUUUAGUUCCUGGGCAGGAAAACGGGAAGCUUUCAAUGCCUGGGCAGGAAAAAGAAGCAGCAAUGAUAAUGACAAGCGACAAGGUUUCAGUGCCUGGGCAGGAAAGAGAAGUAACAACGAUAAUGAAAAGAGGAAACCUUUCAGUGCCUGGGCAGGAAAAAGGAGCGACGGGAAUAAUAACAAACGGCAAGCUUUAAAUGUUUGGGCUGGAAAGAGAAGCAACUCUGAUUAUGACAAGAGGCAAGCCUUCAGUGCCUGGGCAGGGAAGAGAAGCAACAAUGACAACAAAAGACAAGGUUUCAGUGCCUGGGCAGGUAAGAGGAACGACAAUGAAGACAAGCGACAAGGUUUCAGUGCCUGGGCAGGAAAAAGGAAAUUUAAUGCAUGGGCAGGGAAGAGAAGUGAUCAUGACUACUACAAGGAACAAGAAGAGGAGGAGGAGGAGGAAAAGUCAAAGGAUCAACUAUCCAGUCUACUACAGCAGCACCACCAGCAAGAGCACCAGCAGGCAUCCUCACUCAUGCACCACAGCCCUGACUCCCUCACCCAUUGGGAUGCCAACUGGGACAGGUAGAAGACCAGCAAGACACUGCACAGUUAGCUUCCAAGCAUCUUACAGAUUCCCAUGUGUUAGUUAUUAAGACCACCACCACCAGCACCACCACCACCGCCAUCAUAAAGACCUGCUCCUGGUACUCAUGCAUCACUCAAGGCACCAGGGAUCAAGCACACCACAGAAUGUCUCAAGCUACCACUACAAGAUGCUUCCUGGAUAGACAGUCUCAGCCUUCUGUCAACACAACGAACAUGCACCAAACCACCUUCUGAAUCUUGAAGAAAAAGAUACUGAGGAAUUUUUCUAAAGCUCAAAGGAAAACUAUGAAACCAGUAAAUGAUGAUAAGUUGAAAAUGUAGUGUUUUUCUUUAGUCUAUUUUGAGUCUGAUAUUCACUUCUCACUGCUUUAUGUACCGGAAGAAUACAAAAGGGAUCUGAAUGCUAUAAAACUUUCUGAUUGAAAUUAUUGGUCUUGUGAAGUCAGUGUAUGCAAAGAUCAUAAGCAAGAAUAAGAAAAAUGUGCUGGAAAAUCAAGGAAGAAAGUGUUAAAAUUCAAGAAAAAACAACUAGUGAAUUGGAAGAAAAAUGCUUGAGAUGUAGAAGAAAACUAUAAAAGACCAUGAAGAAAAGCCUUUAAAAAAAAAAGAGGAAAAAGACCAUUCAAAUUCCCCCUCCUUUCAUUUGCUUUGUUUUACUUUUUCUUUUUUUUAUCAUUAACCUUAUUUUCUGUCCUUAAUUCUUCACGCCCUUUAUCUGUUCACUCCAUACUAUAUUCUUCUAAUUUCUCAUCACCAUUUUUCCCUUUCACAUCUCCCUUUUCUCUUGAUUUCCUUUUUUUUUUAUCCUUCACUCCAUUUCAUAUUCUUUCCUAUCCACUUUGGUUGAAGUUUUCUUUGUUCCCCUUAUUUCUUUUCUUUCUCCUUCCCUUCCAUUCCUUGAUUCACAGACACACACAUCUGUAGCUAAAGUAAGGCUGGACUAAAGCUACAAAAAACACAUAGUACAAUUUUUUUUCACUAAUUUCUCUCUCUCUCUCUCUCUCUCUCUCAUCUGACAGUGUUAUUCCAAAUUCCUCCCUUAUCUAAUUUGAAUUCUAAUGGGAUAAAUGUCUAACUUCUUAAAAACAUCUAUUGUAAAAGCUACAUACAUAAACCUUUGUAACAAGUUAAUAAUUGUUAUAAACUGUGUUUCCUCGGUGUAACCUAAUUCUAUUUAGUGCAUAUACCUUUGUAUGUAUUCAUUAGUAACAAGACAGGAAAGAAAAUGUUUUUGUUAGAUAUCUGUUGUAAAAAUCAUUGCUGGGAAAAAAAUACUGGUGAGAAGAUGGAAAAGAACAAACUACUUAGAAUGUUGAAUAUCCAGCUGAAAAAUUUGUUGUGAAGGAAAUCAUGCUCUGGUAAUGAAUUACAAAGGAAAAAUUAGCUAAAUAGUUUAGUAUUGUUGAAAACCAUUUGAAAAGAUUAUGUACUAAGAAGAGAGAAGACAAGACAAAAAUCAACCUGCUAGAAGAAAAAAAAAAGUUAAGAAAGAUGUCAUGUACUUGUAGCAAAGGAAAAGUUUAAAAAGAGGUAAGUAGCUAAAUAUCAAGCUGGAAAUUCAAUUGAAGAGAUUGUGUACAAAUGAGAAGAUGGAAAAGUUAAUCUAUAACAUUUAAUGUCAAGUUAAGAAAGGAAUCAUGUACUAGUAGAAACAGGAAAGAAAAAAUUAUCAAACUGAAAAUCACUUUAUGAUUACUAUGUACCAAUGACAUAGCAUGAGAAAAUCCAUGAGACUUAAAUAUGACAGCAAAGAAAUCACUUGGAAAUGUUAUGUGGUAUAGAGUCAGAUAUAAACAAGUAAAUAAAGGUAAUGAGACAUUCACCUCCAUCUCUAACAGCAUACCUGCACCUGCACUGUAAUUACCACUGCCCAUCAUGAUAUAACAAAGCAUAUCACAAUACAGUGAAGCAUAAUGUGAGCUGAAGUGAAUAAAUAUGAGCAGGCAUUCCA